GGCGGUGCCCCGGAGACCACGUGGUCCCAGGAAGCGCCCGCCCUAGCCAUGGGCGUGCAGCCCCCCAACUUCUCGUGGGUGCUCCCGGGCCGGCUGGCGGGGCUGGCGCUGCCCCGGCUCCCUGCCCAUUACCAGUUCCUGCUGGACCUGGGCGUGCGGCACCUGGUGUCCCUGACGGAGCGCGGGCCCCCGCACAGCGACAGCUGCCCCGGCCUCACCCUGCACCGGCUGCGCAUCCCAGACUUCUGCCCGCCGGCCCCCGAGCAGAUCGACCGCUUCGUGCAAAUCGUGGACGAGGCCAACGCCCGGGGAGAGGCCGUGGGAGUGCACUGUGCCCUGGGCUUUGGCCGCACUGGCACCAUGCUGGCCUGUUACCUGGUGAAGGAGCGGCGACUGGCUGCAGGAGACGCCAUCGCUGAAAUCCGGCGCCUUCGACCCGGCUCCAUCGAGACCUAUGAGCAGGAGAAAGCGGUCUUCCAGUUCUACCAGCGAACUAAAUAAGGGGCCUCAGCACCCUCUGCCAGGCCCCCCCUGCCCUGUGCUGUGUGUUAGAUGGGGCCAGAGACACAGAAGUGGACUAAAAGUGCUGAACCCUCCAGCUGCCAGCUGGCUCAAGAGACUGAAGUAGCCCUCCCUUGCAGGCAGGUCCUGAUUGAAGGCAUGGCUGGAGGCCCCAUUGAUGUGGGGGGUCCCUCUGCUGCUUCCUUGAAUAAAUAACUUAUAAAAACCAGA